AUGAGAGCCAGCUCAAGCGAUGUGUUUCUUGCAAACUCUGUGAUGUUCGAGACAUUAUCAACAUUCAGAAAGGCGUACACAUCCAUCUCAUUCGGCGCGACAAACUUUCAAAACGAGAAAUCGAGCAACAAGGAUGUUGACAAGACUGACACGACAGGCUGGAAGAUAGCAGAUCAGGACAUGAAGCGGAAGUUCCCAAGUCAACGAUAG